AAAUUUUACAGAUGUUCCCCAUACUGCAUUCACCAUCCUACUCCUUAUCUUAUGCACGUACCCACGCAAAUAAAAAGAAAUAUCUGAGGGUAUUUAUGUAAUAAAACCAUAAAUAAGCUAUAACGUCGAACGACCUACCACUUUAAAUUCUUACCAACCAGUCACCGCUCUCCAUUUUUCAUUUACAGAGAUAACCCUAACUUGGUCACUCUCUCUCUCACACACUCCAGUUCAAACAAUGGCUCCUCCACAGAAGCUCUUUCUCGCCGCCAUUGUCUCCGCCGUCAUUGUAGCUGCCACCACCGGACACGGACCUAAUAGUACUGCUGAAGAUAUUGUACAUUCCUCCUGCGUGCACGCGAGCUAUCCAUCUCUAUGCGUCCGUACGCUCUCUACCUACUCCGGUCCAACCAUCACGAACCAACGCGAGCUAGCUCAAGCCGCCGUCAAGAUAAGCCUCUCCCACGCUCAAGCAGCUGCGAAGAAACUCGCGGCUGUGAGAGAAACCGUGGGGAAGAAACGGGUGAAAGCGGCGGUUGUGGACUGCGUGGAGAUGAUUGGAGACUCCGUGGCUGAUCUGAGCCGUACGUUAGGCGUUUUAAAGCAUCUCCACGUCUCGGGCGGUUCGGCGAACGAGUUCAGGUGGCAGAUGAGCAAUGCGCAGACGUGGGCUAGUGCGGCAUUGACGGAUGAUGACACGUGUCUAGAUGGGUUUAAAGGGGUCGAGGGCAAGGUUAAGACGGACGUGAAGCAGUGGAUGACGAAAGUGGCGAGGGUUACGAGCAACGCGCUUUACAUGAUCAACCAGCUAGAUGAAUCACGUGGCAAGCCCCACGUAGUACGUUCUUGAUGUUAUAUAUGAUGUGCUUGUCCUAAUGGACAGUUAUGAUUUGGUGUUAGUUUUUUCGUGUUUGCUUAAUUGCGAGUUAUCUACUAUUUAAAGAUGAGAGGCAUUGUCCUUUUAAGUAGUUCUGAUAAUGGUAUACUAAAUAAAUGGUUUCUCUUUUUUUUUCUGACGGUA